AUUUCAAUGGCGGCGCUCGCAAGGAUCGGUGGCCGGUACCUGAAAUCCGUCGGCGUAAUUAACGCUUCCCCCUCAUGUUUCCUUGCUCAACGCCGUGGAGUUGCUACUAAACUCUUUGUUGGCGGAUUAUCGUUUUACACUACCGAGCAGGGAUUGUCAGAGGCAUUUUCUCAAUGUGGCCAAGUUGUUGAAGCUCAAAUAGUCAUGGAUAGAGUCUCUGAUAGAUCCAAAGGUUUCGGUUUUGUGACAUUUGCUUCUGAUGACGAUGCUCGCAAGGCUUUGAUGGAGUUUAAUGGACAGCAAUUAAACGGUCGUGUAAUAUUUGUGGACUACGCUAAGGCCAAGCAAGGUUUUAGUGGCGGUGGUGGUGGUGGCUUACCAAUAGCUAGAGGACCGCCUAGGCCAGGGGAAGUAGCUGCCACAACACCUGAAACAUUGAACAUGGACUAACCGAAUCGAAGACAGUGUUAUACUGCAUCUGCUAUAUCUCUUUGGUAUGAAAUGAAAACACUUUUACAAGUGUUCUUUGUAAGAGACAUGAGCAGCUCAUGUUUCAUUUUAUGAUCACUGUAUCUUUUGUUAAAGCAGAAGUAGUUAUCACAACAAACCUCUCAACUCUUCCAUGACUCCUUGCUUAUAUAAAUCUUAGUCCUAGAAUGUGUAUAUAUCGCUUUUCUCACUACGAUAAUGAUCAGUAAUGUUUCGAGACUGA